UAGUUUCACACAACCAAAAGCUGCGCUGACCGACUGGCGGCUAUAUGCGCCAACAUGGCUGAUGAAAUGGCAAAAGCUCAGGCUGCCAAGCCUGGCGGUGACACAAUAUUUGGAAAAAUCAUACGCAAAGAGAUUCCUGCCAAACUUCUCUAUGAAGAUGACCAGUGUGUGGCCUUCCCUGAUAUUUCACCUCAAGCUCCUACUCACAUCCUCGUUGUCCCCAAAAAGCCAAUUGUUCAACUGUCACAGGCGGAGGAUAGUGAUGCUGCAUUGUUGGGCCACUUGUUGCUAGUUGCGAAGAAGUGUGCUCAAGAAGCAGGCCUGCCUAAAGGCUACAGAAUUGUCAUCAAUGAUGGGCCAGAUGGAGGCCAGUCGGUCUACCAUAUCCACAUCCAUGUCCUGGGUGGACGCAUGAUGGCAUGGCCCCCCGGCUAACCUCCAUCUUCCAACACAGACCACCCUGCCAUCAGUGGUCACGUCUGUUGUCUGACAACCAGUACUGUUCAAUUUCAACUAAACCAGUUUGUCAUGGGAAAUAAGAGCCAAACAAAACCUGCUAAUUCAUCAAUGGUAAUAAAAAAAAAGCACUUCACAACAA